AUUUAGUUGGCAACACUUUACAAUUCAUUCAUUGUUUCGUGUGCGCGGGAGAAACUUUUUUCUGUGUCUUCGAACGACAAAUAUACUUGAAUUUUAGGUUGUUAGUAAUUUAUUUGUGAUUUGUAAAUUAUUAUUAAAUAUGAGUGAAACCAAUGAUAAAUUUUCAACACCAAUUCAAACUAAAAGUAAAAGUCUUGGCCUAAAACGCAACAGCAGUAGCGUCAGUAAACAAAAUUGUAAUACAACAACAACGCCAGUUAUAUCUGCCAAAAAGAAGGCAAUUAAGACUUCUAAACAAGAACCCCAAUCCGAUGUAAAAAUCAACUAUCGUAAUUUGGAGACUGGAAACAGCAAUGAUAGCGUUUUGGACAAUGGAACGCCCUCAACGCCAGUCUUACUAAGGGACAAGCAACAAUUACACAGAGAAUGUGUAAGUACUAAUUGUCGGCCCUAUCGCCUCUCUUUGAGCAAAAGGAUACGAGAGAAAAUGACUAAAAAGCGUCUUGAAUUUCAUAUGGCCAAUGAAAUGGAAAAGCAAGAGGAAGAAGAGACACAAGAGCAGUGUGAUCUGAAAGAUGACAGACUGACAAAGCAUUCCGAGAAACAAGAAAAGGAAAAAUCCACUCCAAAUGGCCCAGCAGAAAAUAUGACUCGUACAGAACUUUUAAGUAGCAUAGACAAAUUACAAAAAGAGUUAAAAUCCCGCGAGGAGCAUGCCAAAAAAGUGCAAGAACUUAAACAAGCAAUUGAGGUGUGGAAGAACGGCUUUGCCUCCGCUCUAAAUGAUUUGCAGAGUAAAAUAACACCUCACUAUGAAAAGGAAGUUUUAUUGCAACAUCUGCACAUAUCCGAAGAAAUGUUAAAAUUUAUUAACGAUUAAGUAGUCCUAGUUAUUUUCAAUCCAAUCAAAAUCAAGCGCAAUUACAAUUUAUGCCAAACCUCACACAGACAAGUGAGAAUAGGAGAAAAUGCGUUAGUCUCGCUCUAAAUAAUGUAAACAACACUUCACAAUGAAAAGGAAACAUUGUUUCAC